AUGUUUUGUGCAAAAAUAAACUACGAUUUUUUCAAAACAAGACCACCAGUAGCAAUUUUUUUCAUUUCUCUUGUUUUUAUGACCGUCACAACUUUCACUCUAUCACUUUAUAUAAAAUAUACGAACAAUAUUUUAAAUACUGACCUCGCACAGAAUUGGAAAUCACUGAAUCAACACUUAAAUAAUUUAGAUUUAUAUUUCACGGAUGAAAAAAUUGUCAAACCAUAUAUCGAGGAAGUUAAUUUGGUAACACUGAUUAGUGUAAAUCUCACCGAUUUUAAAAAUAUUACAAAAGUGAAAGCUUAUUAUAAAUUGACAGAUUGGCAACCUAUUUGUUACAACAAUUACAAUAAAAAUGCCAUAAUCACUCUUGAUUUUCUAGUCACGAAUGAAACUCAAGUUUGCGCUCUAAUUAAAGGACCGAAACACUACCUGCCCGAGAAACUGAGUCAGUCAUGUGACCUAAGUGACUUAAGUCAGGGCUAUAACACAUCAGUCCUUUACUCGCAUCCAAAUUUCAACUCAAAUGGAAGCAGAAUAAAACUCACUUUUGAUCAAAAUGUCAAAUUUGAAGCCUACUUAAGUCAGAGUGAUAGAAAUUUGAUUUAUGUGCGUCUAGUGUGGUGUAGCUAUAUUCUGCUGAUGUUUGUAUUAGUUGUAUUGUUCUGUGCCAAAUUUUAUAAGUAUGAAGCAGUUGAUGACACAUCUUUUGAUCAUUUCAAAUUGCAAAUAAAAUAAUGGAGUUUUGUGUUUAGUUUAAUUCAAUGAGAAGAAAUAUAUAAAAUUAUUACAGCCUA